AUGCUUACUCUACCUAUUUUUAUCUUUAUUAUUGAACGAUUUAUUGAAAAUUAGGAAAUUAAUUCCCAUUCUUGAUUAAACAAUUUUUAUAUGAUAAAUUAUGAAAACCCAUUUCCAUACUUCUCGAAUCUAAUUACCUGUUUUUUAAUAGUAAUAAAUCUUAGAAGUUAUGCUGUAUAAUCACUCAAAAAUAAAUUUAAUGUGAUUUUUUAGCAUAUUUGAUAAUUUAUCUCCUCACAAUGCUCUAUAUGGAAAAUUUUUUUAAAUUAAGUUUUAGACCCAUCCUUGAUAGAACUGUUCUAUCAACGAUGUAGGAGACUUAGACAUCUGAUUCGAUUCUCUUCUACUUGCUUUCCUCAAAAGCCAGGGGACUCAGUAAUCCGCAAGCUUGCCUUAAUUCCAGGUGAUGGUAUAGGCCCUGAGAUCUGCUCAGCCGCUACAGAUGUCUUAUCAGCUAUCCACGCUCCAGUAGUAUUUGACACAAUUUCCAAUCUCAAUGUCAAUGAUGAUGAAGUCAUCAAGAAGAUUAAGUCAUAUCCAGCCGCUUUAAAAGGAACCAUAGGUCACUUAAUAGGAGAAGGAGCUGGCUCCCCCAAUGUACUUUUAAGGAAGAAGCUAGACGUAUAUGCCCAUGUAUGUCAUGCAUUUUCACUUAAAGGUAUCAAAACUAGACAUGACAAUAUUAACGUCAUCGUCAUCAGAGAAAACCUAGAAGGAGAAUACAGUGGCCUUGAGCACGAAGUAUACCCAGGCGUCGUAGAAUCCAUCAAAGUCAUCACAUAUGCGGGAUCCUUAAAAAUCGCAAAAUACGCCUUCGAGUUGGCUUACUUAAAUAACCGCAAAAAAGUCACAGCAAUUCAUAAAGCGAAUAUCAUGAAAAAAGCAGAUGGAGAGUUCUUAAAAGCUGUGAGACAAGUAGCUAAAGAAUACCCAACGAUACAAUAUCAAGAAAUGAUCAUUGAUAAUGCAUCAAUGCAAAUGACAUCAAAUCCAUGGCAAUUUGAUGUGGUCGUCCUGCCAAAUUUGUAUGGGUCAAUUAUAGGGAAUAUUGUAUCGUUUCUGGUCGGAGGUCCAGGGAUCACCCCAGGGGUUAACAUAGGGAAUGAUUUUGCACUAUUUGAGCCUGGGACAAGACAUAUAGCUAAGGAUAUUGCAGGAAAAGGUCUUGCGAACCCGACUGGGAUUUUGUUAUCAAGUGCUAUGAUGCUAACUCCCCCCCCCCCUCCGUGAGCGAACAAAAAAAAAUUUUGUUCGCUCACGGAGGGGGGUUAAUUUUUUUUUUUAAAAAAAAUUUUAUAUAUAAAUUUUAUAAAAAAUAUUUUUUUCGAAAUUUAAAAAAAUCCUAAUUUGCAAAAAUUGGGAAGCAAAUAUUAAUUUAAUUCGCAAAAUUUAUGUUUUAAAACGCAAUUUGUUUAAAAUUAAACAGAAUUAGCUCUAGAUUUCAUUAUACUAAUUAUCACUUAUAUAUCAAAAUUUUUUUCCAUUAAAAUUUUUUUCUAUUAAAAAAAAAUUUUUGUUCACUCACGGAGGGUGGGUUUUUGGUCAAAAAAUGGCGAUUUUUCUAAUGGUUUUGUUCGCUCACGGAGGGGGGGGGGGGAGUAAGACAUUUAAAUCUUCCACAUUUCGCAGAAAGGCUUCAAGAUGGACUCUUCCAAACCAUUAGUGAAGGAAAAGUUUUAACUCAAGAUAUUGGAGGAUCUGCGACUACAUAUGAGUUCACAAGAGAAAUAAUAAAAAAUAUCCAAAAAUAA